AUGUGGGGAAGUCGAUCAAAAACCGCUGAGCGCUCAGCCCCGCAGAACCUCAGCUUCUCCUGUUACAAGAUCGUCACACUGUUCGUUGCACUGAGGUCCGGCUCGCCCAGUAUCGAGCGGAACGUUGACAUGGGCAACAUCGAUAUCUCGCUCGCGAGUUUCAACUGUGAACGUUCUGAAAUUCAGUGGGGGGAAGGCCCUCACAUCAUCUGGGACCAGCAGCAGCAACUAUUACAGGACUUUGAAGCAGGGGCUCAGCGAGCCCAACCUGAGAAGGAUUAUGGGUGUGAUGCAUUCCAGACCAUCCUCUACUACGUUAAUGCAUUUGGCACAUCUGCCAACCUGCCCAAGGCUACUCGUAUCUUUUACGAAGCUAAAGACGUAGGCCAUAUGAUUGCCUGUGUUCUGGAGCUUCGACUACUAGAUGGGCUUACACAAGGCCCGUCCGAUUACCAAAAGGAGUACAGCGAGUGCCUGGAUUUGGGGUUCAACAUUAUUGGGAGAAGCGAGGAAGCAUCCAGUAUAGAUGUCCGUAAAGGGAGUUCCGUCAUUCGACUUGAAAAUUAUUCCUCCUUUCGACAGACUGUUGUGAGGAAAUUGAUCUGA